AUGUUGCAUGAAUUAUUACUUGCACUGUACGGUAUAUCUGGUGGCAUCUUCAUUGAAUCUACAGAGAAAGGUGGUGAUAAUGAUGACACCGAGUUGGAUAGACAUUUAAUACCUGUGGUGAAUGAUAAUCUUCUCCUUCCUGAAAGUGAACUUAGUCUACAAAGAGAACUAUUAAAACUAGGCUCAUGUUAUAAUUAUUUAAUCAAGUUUAUUGAAAAAUUUUCAGAGCCUAAUUAUGGCUUGUAUUUAUCAGCUUUCGCCUUUGGAAUUGAUGAUUCCCUUAAAGAGUAUCGAGCAGAUUUAUGUACACUGGAGACUGAACUGUCAACAGAUAAAUCUAUGGGUGUUUCACAUUUAUCUUGUCGCCUACAUGCUUACAAGAUUUUACUACCUGUACUUGUAAAAGUCACAAAGAAGGUUGAAAGUGUUGUUAUCAAUCCUGAAAUGAUGAAGCAUACCAAUUCAUCAAGUUGUCGACUUCUAGAUGUUAUAUUGUCUGCAACACCUCCUGGUCUUCCUGGCCCAAGAUAUGUUAUGCGUAAGGUGGUGUCUCGUGUUAUGCAAGUAUUCUGUCGACAACUAUCUUCAUGGCUUAUCUACGGUGUUCUUUAUGAUCCUUAUUUAGAGUUUUUCAUCAAAAAACUUCAGUCUAAUCAUAUUUCAGAUGAGAAGAAGAAACAACAACCAUUGUUUGUGAUAGAUAAUCACUGCAUUCCUUCAUUUUUGCCUACAACAUUUGCUCAAAGAGUAUUUGAAACUGGUCAGGCUGUUUACUCGGCUAGUCUUAAUCCUUCAGAGGCGUCAUUUAUCUUGGAGUUGGAAAAAGUGUAUAUUCCACGGUUUACAGAAAUAUCCACCUGUGUAGGUGAAGAUGUCAACGGGAUCCAGUCAACUGAAAACAGUUUGAGUAACUUGAUAAAUGUCAAUGAAAUUGACAGUCUUGUAUGUGAUAUCAAAAGUGUUGUUUUACAUCAUGUUUGGUGUAGUGUAAUACAGCAGCAUAAAUUUAUUGAUUAUCUUCGCCUGUUUAAAGAUGUCCUACUUUUAGGACGUGGUGAACUGUUUCUUGCAUUUCUUGAUCAGCUGAAUUUUAAGAGUAGUAGUUUUAACAAUAACAAUUACAAUAAUAAUAAUAAUAGUAGUUGUAGCAGUAGUCCACAAAGUUCAAUCCAUUGGGGAGAGUUUGGAGAUAAUCUGCUGGAUCAGACACCGCCAAUAAAUGAAAAUGAAGUGGAAGCUCUUGAAUAUGAUAUUACUCAGGCGUUUCUUGCAGCAGCAGCACGAUGUCUAGGCUUAGACGAUGAAGAAUUAGACGAUCAAUUUAGAAUUUUUAUAAAAUUGAAAACCACAUCUCAACAAGAUCCCGCAGCAGCAGCAACAACAACAAACCCUACAACUGAUCUAACAGUUUUAGACUGUUUAUACUUACAGAUUAAUAUUCCAUCAGCCCUCGAUUGUCUAUUCUCUACACAAAUAUGUCAUGCUUACAAUAGGCUGUUUCACUUUCUCUUCUCUAUACGUCGAACACAAUUAAAACUACAACAGUAUUGGGCUGAUCAAAUUCUUCUAUGGCGUCGUGCUAGAUCUUCAGCGUAUUAUAAGACGAAGAAGGGGUCAGGCAGGAAUGCUGAUGAUGAUAAUAAUAUAACAAUGUCAAAUAGUAAUUUUGUUCAUUUACAAUUGAGAAUAGGUCGGCGUUUAUUAGUUCGUAAUCAUAUGGCAUUUAUUAUUGAAAAUUUACUCUACUACUUACAAGUUGAUGUUAUUGAAUCACAAUUCUCCCAUUUACUGUAUCGUUGUCAAACCGACCAAGAUAUCCAAUUGAUUCAAAUCGCUCAUGAGGCAUAUUUAGCCAGUCUACAAGCACAAGCACUAUUAUUCAUGCCAAAUGUAAAACAAUGUAUAUUCAAUUUACUCAACACUUGCCGUCAGUUUGUUCAUAUAUCAAGUCAAAUCGCCUAUGACAGCAGCAGCGACACUGGCGGUGUUUCUCUUGAGAAUAUCCAGUUGUCUAACAAAGAAGAGCAUAUCAUCAGUGCAUUUUAUAAUCAAUCGAAAUUGUUAUAUGAGUUAAUCAGUAUGUCGUGUUCAACCGGUGCUAAAAGCAGCGUUAGCAUAAACUCUGCUUAUACUCAUCGUUUCUCCCGUGGAAAUAAUAAUAAUAAUAUUAAUAAUAAUAAUAGUAAUAAUAAUCCUGUUCUGAAUUCAGGAACAGCAGAUUUAAAUCAAUUGUUAUUACGCUUAGAUUUUAAUAAUUAUUAUAGUAAUUUACCUGAGGAUUUAAUAUGA